UAAGAUUCAAUCUUCGUGUAGAGCUGAACCCAAGAAAAAUUCCAUCCCAACGUCGUCGUUAAAUCAAAAGGAUAGCUAGUUAGAUAAAAAGCAACAAAAAGAAAAAAAGGGGUGCACAUUUAAAUUUGUGUUCCUUUAAGAAAAUCUAAUGAAAUUAAAUCAAUUUUCUGUCAAAGGAGUGCGACUGAUUUAAGUCUAAAAGCAAGCAGACCAUUAGCCAAAAAAAAAAGAAACUCUGUUCCUCUUCUUCAAAGGAUAUUCGUAAAUUGUUCGUAAUUUUAUUUUUCGAGAUAUUCUAAGUACUCGUCGUUCAAUAGACAUUAAUAUACUAUCAAGCCAAUUAACAGUGAGAAAGUGCUUCAAUUCAAUCCUUCGAAGGAGUUGCAGACAUUUAGUUUCUAAAACACCAUGGAGUAUACAUGCAUUCCCGAGGAACGUUUUGGUGAAGUUAUCAAACAUUUACGAGACACUUUCUUUGCCGAUGAGCCUCUAAAUAAAGCUGCCGGAUUAUGUCAAAAAGGGGAAGGUCAUCAUGAAUUGGAAGAACUGAGCUAUGCAACUUUGAAAGAUGGCUUUAGUUUGAUGGCAGUUGCUCAAGAUGGUGAGAUUGCUGGAGUUGUAUUGAAUGGUGUCUUGCAACCUGGUGACAUGGAAAUAGCUCAAAAAAAGAUCAACUUGAGUGACGAUGAGAAUUUUAAGAAAAUUUUCAAUUUAAUUUACAGCCAGAAUUUAAAAUUUGAUUUAUUCGAAAAGUUCCAAGUUGAUAGAUUAUUCGAUUUGAGAAUCUUAUCGGUCGACUCGAAAUUCCGUGGACAAGGUAUUGCCAAAGAGCUGGUGAAACGGAGUGUCGCCCAAGCAGAAUGUUGUGGGUUUAAAGUUUUAAAAGCAGAUGCAACAGGAAUUUUCUCCCAAAAAAUAAUUAGAUCCUGUGGAUUUGAAUCACUCCACGAAGUACACUAUGCCAAAUAUACAGACGAAUGUGGAAAGCCUAUUCUGCCCGUAGAAGCACCGCAUAUAAAAUUAGAGAUUCUUUUUAAGAACUUGGAAUGAAAAUAGUAAAUAAUUUAUGUAAGAUUUCAAAUGCCGCCUAAAGUAUAAAAUAAUAAGUAUCUAUUAAAGUUACCAUAAAAAUAUGAUUGCAAUAUUUUGCUGACCAAGCUAUGCUUAGCUAAAAGUUGUUUUAAGAUUGUUUAAGCUCCAACAGAAUAAGUAUCUACUUGGAAUGUUUUAUAUUAUGUAGGAAAUGUUUUUUAAACUUGAUGUGAUGUAUAAUGGCUCAAGACAAUAGAGAUUGAUAAGUCUGGAUUUAUAGCUUCAGGUUUUUCGUUUUUUUUUUUUUUAUUUUUAACGGACGACUCUAUUAACUUCGCGUAUAUCUAUUCCAUCUUUUUUAACACAUUUUUCAACUUUCUUACUUGUUAUUAUUUAUGAUGAAAAUUAUAAAAUUGAUAAUAUAAAUACUGACUUACUAAAAGC